AUGCAUGCCUCUAAAUUAAUAACAAUGAAUUCGAAUUCCACCUCUUCGCAGCGCAAUACCUUUCUCUUCACCUCCGAAUCUGUUGGUGAAGGCCACCCCGAUAAGAUUGCCGACCAGGUCUCCGAUGCCAUCCUUGAUGCCUGCCUGGCGGAGGAUCCGCUCUCCAAGGUUGCUUGCGAGACUGCCGUCAAGACUGGUAUGAUCAUGGUCUUCGGUGAGAUCACCACCAAAGCCGCGCUGGACUACCAGAAAAUCAUCCGUAGCACUAUCAAGGACGUCGGUUACGAUGCAUCUGAGAAAGGCCUCGACUACAAGACCUGCAACGUAUUGGUUGCCAUCGAGCAGCAGUCGCCCGAUAUUGCUCAGUGUCUUCACUACGACGAGGCCCUCGAGAAGCUCAGUGCUGGGGAUCAGGGUAUUAUGUUUGGCUACGCCACUGACGAGACACCUGAGCUCCUACCUCUCACCAUUCUACUCUCCCACAAGCUCAAUGCCGCCAUGAAGGCUGCCCGCCAGGAUGGCUCUAUCCCUUGGCUUCUCCCAGACACCAAGACCCAGGUAACUAUCGAGUACGCACACGACAAUGGUGCCGUCAACCCCCUCCGAGUUCACACUGUCGUCAUCUCUGCCCAGCAUACUGACGACGUCGCUACUGACGAGCUGCGCGCCGUCCUCAAGGAAAAAAUCGUCCGCAAGGUCAUACCCUCUAACUUUCUUGAUGACCGCACAAUUUACCACAUGCAGCCCUCUGGCCGCUUCGUCAUUGGAGGUCCUCAGGGUGACGCAGGGCUCACUGGCCGUAAGAUUAUCGUUGACACCUACGGUGGAUGGGGUGCCCACGGUGGUGGCGCCUUUUCUGGCAAAGACUAUUCCAAAGUUGACCGAUCGGCUGCCUAUGCUGCGCGCUGGAUCACGAAGUCUCUGGUCAACGCCAAACUGGUGCGCCGUGCCUUAGUCCAGCUGUCGUACGCAAUUGGUGUGGUAGAACCCUUGUCGAUCUUCGUCGAGACAUAUGGUACCUCAUCGAAGUCGUCGGAAGAACUGGUGCAGAUCAUCCGCAACAACUUUGAUCUCCGGCCUGGUGGAAUCGUGCGAGAGCUGGGCCUGACCAAGCCCAUCUACCUCAAGACAGCCAAGAAUGGUCACUUCACCGACCAGAGCUUCCCAUGGGAAAUACCUAAAACUCUCAAGUUCUGA